CCUGUUUGGCGAAGCCCGCAAGCCGCUGGUCGACACUCGACAGAGUUGCGCAUUUCAAUCCUGGGUUACUCUCCAUGCUUGAACAUGGCUGAGCGACUGAUAGUGCUACAAACUGGCAUUGCCUCGGCCGGGGCGAGGCUCGCAGUGCUGCACCUGGCAUUCCUGGUGGCUGCCGUGUGGCUCAAAUAUGUUGUAGGCCGCAUUAAACCAGGCGGGGCGCGCCUAGCGCUCGCGGCGCCCAUCCUCAUGUGCAGCGUCGCGGGGCCCUGGAUGUUCGACGGCACCGAGGAAGUCCUGCCGCGCCUGAGCACGCUGUUCAUCUUUUCUUGGCUGUGCACAUUCAAGGUCCUGGCAUUUUGCAUCGGCCGCGCGCCGCUGAGGGAAGACAUGACUGUGGCCCAGCUCGCGGCCAUCAUGAUGCUUCCGGUAUUCCCAAAGCCGGAAUCGCGAAGCAAGGAGGGGCCCGAGGGCCGGCUGCAUGACACGGCGGGGUCGGGUGCGGCACUGGCGGGCCGCUGGGUGGCCAAGCUGGUGCUGCUCGGGCUGGUGGUGUGGUUGAUCAACAGCUAUGGAGACGACAUGCACGGAGCCGCGCGGCACUACUUGUACGCCUUCGGCAUGUAUGCGUUCGUGGGCUUUCUGAUGGACGGCCCGGGCGCUGUGGCGGUGGAGGCGCUGGGGCUGCAGCUGGUGCCCACGUUUGACGCGCCCUGGCUGUCCACCUCGCUGGCCGACUUCUGGGGCCGGCGCUGGAACAUCACCACCAGUUCGGUGCUGCGGACGCUGGUGUACGACCCCAUUGCAGAGGGGCGGCUACUGCCCGACCCGGCUGUAGCAGCCACCGGUGCUGCUGCCACCGGCACCGGUCUUACCAGCGGCGUAAACAGCCGCGCCGCUAGCACUGCUCAGCUGCCGGGGGCGUCAGCGCCCGAGCCGGCAGACGACACGAACGCAGAUACGGAUGCAGACACGCCCAACGUAAACGCCAAGGUGCGGACUGACUCUGCCGGCCCUGCUGCCGCCGCGACGCCCAAGGCCAGGGUAGCACAGGACGGGCCGACGGAGCGGAGGCAGGCAGGCGGCAGUAGCAGCGGCGCCGCGGGUGGCAGUAGCAGCAGGGGGGCUGUAGGACGGCCCAGCAUGCUGCGGCGGCAGCUGGGUCUGCACGCCAGUUUCCUGGUGAGCGGCCUGGUGCACGAGUACCUGGCCUGGAGCAUCACCCACAUCGGCUGGCACUGGAAGUGGACGUUGUUCUUCUACAUGCAGGCGCCGCUGAUGACACUGGAGGGUCUGGCCCGGCGGGCGUGGCGGCGGGCGGGGCUGCCACCACCGCCGCGGCUGUUAGCCAACCUGGCCACGGUGGUGGUGCUGGAGGUUAUGGCGUACCCGCUGUUCUUCGGGUUCGUGGAGACUGACACGGACCUGGCACGGCGUGUGGUGGCGGCGGUGUCGCGCAACUACCAGGCAGCGCUGGAGCCGCUGCGGCCGCUGCUGGCGGGCGCGGCGGCGGCGGCGCUGGCGGGCCCGGGUGGCGCGGCGGAUGCCAGCCGGCAGCAGCAGCAGGAGCUAUAGAGCACAGCUGCAGGGCGGUGGUGAUUGGAUGAAAGGAGGUGUGUGUGUUGAAAGGCGGCUGCAGGGCGGCGGUGAUUGGAUAAGGGGAUGUGUGUGUGUGUGUGUGUGUGUGUGUGUGUGUGUGUGUGUGUGUGUGUGUGUGUGUGUGUGUGUGUGUGUGUGUGUGUGUGUGUGUGUGUGUGUGUGUGUGUGUGCGUUGUAAGGCGGCUGCAGGGCGGUGGUGAUUGGAUGGGAGGUGUGUGGGUGUUAUAAGGCGCGCGGCGUGCGCGCGCGGGGGAAGGACCGGAGGAGUCGCAGCGUGCGGCUGGGGUGGGUGAUCGGGUACGCGGGUGCUGAGGAACAGCAGCAGCGCGCAUUCAUUCAUUUGGGACUGACAACUGACGUGGAUGGUGGACAUUUGCGCGGCCAGGCGUGGGCGCGUGGCACCCUUAAUCUUCGGCCGCUACUACCAGAUGCCAACUGCGACGGCUGUGUAACGUUCCUUGCAA